CUAAUAAGACGCUAGAGAAACCCAAAAAGGAAAAGAGAAAGAAGAGUGCUGAGGAAGUGAAAAAAAUCGAGGAAGAAAAGCCUGCAAUUGUUGAAGCUGUUGAAAAGAAACCUGAGACCGUUGAAAAAUCUGAAGAAAAACUUGCUGAAAAGCCUGUUGAAGAAGCUGAUAAGACUCUAGAGAAGCACAAAAAGGAAAAGAGAAAGAAGAGUGCUGAUGAAGUGAAAAAGGUCGAGGAAGAGAAGCCUGCAAAUCUCGAAGCUGUUGAAAAGAAACCUCAGACCGUUGAAAAACCUGAAGAACCACUUUCUGAUGAAUCUAGUAAGACUCUGGAGAAACCCAAAGAGGAAAAGAAAGAGAAGAGUGCUGAGGAAGUGAAAAAAGUCGUGGAAGAAAAGCCUGCAAUUGUUGAAGCUGUUGAAAAGAAACCUGAGAACGUUAAAAAAUCUGAAGAAAAACUUCAUGGAGAAGCUGAUAAGACUCUAGAGGAACUCAAAAAGGAAAAGAGAAAGAAGAGUGCCGAAGAAGUUAAGAAAGAGGAAGAAAAACGGCCUGAAGCGCAAGAGAUUGUAGAAAAGAAAGCUGAAGCUAUUGAAACGCUCGAUAAGAAAUCUGCUGAGAAGCCUAUUAAAGAAGCCGAGAAGACUGUUGAGAAUCGGAAAGAAGACAAAGGAAUGAAAAAUGAGGAGGAAGAAAAGAAAAUAGAGCCUAUUAAAAAACCAGCUGAAAAGCCUGUCGAAGAAGUUGAGAAGCUAAAAGAGAAACCGAAGAAGGAAAAGAGAAAGAAGAGUGUCGAAGAAGAAAAGGCAGCUGAUAAGAAAAAACCUGAAGCUGUAGAAAAUAAGCCUGAGGCUGCUGCAAACCUUGAUAAGAAACCUGAAGACAAACCAGCGGAUAAGCCUCCCGAAGAAGCUGAGAAGGUGGAAGAAAAGCCAAAGAAGAGAAAGAAGAGUGCAGAAAAAGACAAGGAGGUGAUAGAAAAGCAAGUAGAGCCUACACCAAAGGUGACUGAGGAAAUUAAAACGGAAGCAGAUAAAACCAAGAAAGAAAAGAGAAAGAAGAGCAUUGCAGAAGACAAACAACCCAUCGAUAUUACGAAAGAGGCUACUACGAAAAAGACUGAAGACGUGGUGAUCACACAAAAGGACGUCACAGAAGUUGUUGAGCCAAAGUCAGCGCAACAAAUUAUCACAAAACCUGCCGAAGCAGCUUUAGAUGAGGUUGAUGCUGUGCCAUUGGAGAAAUCAAGGUCACGCGCAGAGAAGCCAAGCGAAGUAGAGUACAAAGAUAAACGGGAAGCACGAAAUGCCCGACGUGCGCCAAACGUUGAGUUGAAAUUGACAAACCGGAACUCAGCGUUGGGCAGCGAUAUAAAACUCACCUGCAGUAUAUCUGGCGCAGAACUGAAGGUUGAUUGGUAUCGCGAUCAGACAUUGAUUGCGAAUGACGAUAAAUAUCGAAAGACCUUCAACGAUGGACUCUCCUGCUUGGAAAUACGGACAGCCAAUGCAGGCGAUGCGGGUGUUUACAGAUGCGUGGCGGCCAAUCGCAAUGGAGAAGUGGAGACGAGUUGCCUUGUGACUGUUUACGAUGUACCAACAACUAAAUUUGGCACAACGCCAAUAUUUACGCGUAACAUCAGAGUUGUCGAAACGAUGGGAGAGACGGAAGGUGAAGUCGGUGCAGCCGAUACGCGACCCUCUGAGGAGCCCGAAUCGACUCCUGUACAGGAUACGUUAGCGGUCCCGGUGCAAAAACGUCGGAAAUUGAAAUCGCCAACUCCUGGUACGCUGCGCGGUCGCAGCGCUACACCCAUACGCGGCAGGAGUCAAACCCCGUUCUCGCUAUACCUGAAUCGUCGCAGCGCUACGCCUUCGACAUGGCGCAGUAUAACGCCUUUCUUGAAACGCGAGGAGCGCGAGAAAACUCCUUUCGAACUUGGCAGGGAUAUUAAAACUCAAAUCACCUGCAAUAAAGCCGUUUUUGAUCGAGCAUUGGUUAUGGAUAUUACAGAGAGCGAGGAAGUUCAAAAGCCUGUGCGUUACAUAACGACCGAUUUGUCUGUCAUUGAUCGUGCUGCCGUAAUGGAUGUAUCGAAUGUUGAGGUUAUCUACUUGAUUGAGGAGUACGAGGAUGUCGAAGAGGAGGAGGAAAUCAUAGAGGAGGUGAAGCCAAAGAAGAAAGCCAAGGGCAAGAAGGCGCGCACACCACGCAAGUCAGUCGAAAAGGAUGCAAGAUCCGGCUCUAUUUCGGAAGCUGAAGCGGAGUCCGGUGAUAUUGAAAGCGCCGACCGAGAGGAGAGUAUCGAGCCGGAUGAAUUCGAUGAGCCUGUAAAGAAGGGCAAAAAAAAGGCUGCGCCAAAGAAAAAAGAAAAGAAGGAGAAAUCGCCCAGUCCCAAGUUGACCUUGAAAUUGGAAAUGGGCGGCGGUCAAAAGGCCAGUAAGAAAAUGUUUGAGGAAAAACAGGCCGCAGGACCUGCACCCAAGCCACCACCGAAGAAGAGUAAACUUGUCUUGCAAAUGGAGGAGCAGGCCAAGGCAGCGGCUAAAGCUGCCGAAGAUGCAGCAGCUAAAGCAGCUUCUAAGCCCAAAGGCGAAACUUUUGCUGAGCGCCAAGAACGCUUGAAGAAGGAGAAAGAGGAGCAGGACCGCAUUGAAGCAGAGUUGGCCGAGCAGCGGGCAGCCGAACAGGCUGAGGAGGACGAGGAGCCAGAAGAUGAGGGCGGCGAAGAAGAGGACGAAGAGGGUGAUGAAUCACACGCUGGCACUGAGUCGUAUGGCGGCGACUAUGCCGAUGAGGGUGGCAGCGAAUAUCGGGACGAAGAAGCAGACCCAGAGGAAGGUGCUGACGCUGAGGCGGAGGAAGAGGAUGUGGUACCUGAACUGCCUAAGAGCAAGAAGCGCCGUGGCAGCAAUUCAUCUGAGGAGUUCACCAGACCCAAUCCCUACGAUGAGGAACGAUGGCAGCGAAUUGCCGCGGAAGAGGGUGAGGAGUUUAUGCAACAAAUGCGCAAAUACAGUUUGCGCAUACACAAGAGCGAGAAGGAACGUGAUGCCGAAUGGCAGCGUAUACGCGAGCAAGCACGUUUGCCACAUUUCAUUGUCUACUUAACGGAUCGUACCGUUGAAGCUGGCCAUAAUGUGCGUAUUUCUUGUGCUGUCGGCGGUCCCGAGUUGUCGGUGAAAUGGUUCAAGGAUGGUCGGCAAUUGGAGCGUGAUGCCACACAUCGCAUCAUCAACAACAACAACAUUUUGGCAUUGGAGGUGGUAAAUACGACGAUUUUAGAUUCCGGCGAGUACACCUGUGUAGUGGCGAAUUCCAACGAUACCGUUCAGUCGUCUUGUUAUAUAACAAUCUAUGAGAUAUUCAAGGAUGAACCAGCACCUCCUUCAUGCAAGCUCGUCAAAGAGUACUACCAUUUGCGUGACGAUGAGCUCACAAUAGAGUGCCACUUACACGGCGUGCCACGUCCAGUUGUCGUUUGGAUGAAAGGUGGCCUCGAAAUCAAGCCGAGUUACAAGUUUACCAUGCUUGAGGAGGCACAUGGCACCUACAAGUUGCUCAUCUACAAACCGAAUGAUAGGGAUAGCGGUAGUUAUAUCUGUAAGGCAGUGAACUCCAGCGGCGAAGUGCAAAUUAGCCAUCACGUCGAAGUGGCCAAAAAUCGACAUUUCCAUGCGCGCGGCAUCUUCCACGCUCGCGAUCGUCUACAAAAGGACAAGGAAUUGUCGGCAAAGAAAGCCAUGACGGAGGCGCUCAAAUCAAAAGCCGCCUCAGACCUUAAGCGCACCUCACUAGCGGCUGAGGCAAGGGAGCGCGUACAUCGCGCGUCACCCGAGCCAUUGGUUUCGCCGAAGCAAAAACUCACAUUCGCCACACAACUGCGCGAUCGCAUGGCACUGGAAGGAAGCACUGUGCGCUUCGUGUGCACUGUCAUCGGACCGAGCCCCACCUGUCGCUGGAUGAAAGAUGACAAGUGGGUGGUGGCUGGUCCCACUGUUAAGAAUCUAUCCGAGGAAGGCAAGGCCAUACUUGAGGUGAGCAAGGUUACAUCCGAAGCAUCAGGCGUGUACAAGUGUGUAGCCAAGAACGAACAUAGCGAAGUUGAAACGCAGUGCUACUUCAAGGUGUACAGUGCACAGGCUGAUGGCGAUGAACAGGAGCCAAUGUUCGCACUACCACUCAGAGAUGUAUACCACUCGUCGCAGAACGAUUUAAUUAUCGACACGAAGGUGCGCGGCAACCCCCGCCCCAAGAUUACAUGGGUAAAGGACAAUUUACCAGUUGUGCUCGAUGAUCGUCGCGUACAGAUCGAGCAUUUGGACGGUAUCUGUGAGCUGAUCAUUAACAAGCCAACAACGAAUGAUAGCGGUGUGUACACUUGCAUAGCUGAAAAUAAAUUGGGCAGCCAGAAGACCACACACACAGUUGUUGUAGAAGUUGUGCAAUUGUCGCGUCGUUCGAGUUUAUUGUCCAACGUAAUGACCGAAUCGGAUAGCGAAGCUGGCGCUGGAGAAGCGGCUGGCCAAAAGGGUGAGAAGUCCGAAAAGCGCAGCCGUCUUCCAAAAUCCAAGAAGAAGGAUGACGACGAAGCUGAGUCAGGCACCUAUGAGCGUCGCAGUCGCAUUCCCGAUCCCACACCAAAGCAGCAAUUGUACUUCAUUGCGAAUCUAUCGAAUCGCUAUGUAGCCGUGGGCUCUAAGGUUAAACUGCAGGCAGUUGUCGGCGGUCCAGAUGCCACUUUCAAGUGGCAGAAAGAUGAACAAAAUAUUACCUAUGGACCACGCAUACGCAAUAUGAGCCGCGAGGGUUUGGCCUGCUUGGAGUUCCUGAAUCUUGCUCCCGAAGACUCUGGCGUCUACACUUUGACAGCGCAAAAUGAAUUCUGUAAAAUAACCACCUCGGCCUUGAUACACGUUUACUCGCCGAAGGUCAGCAGCGAUGUGGAGCCGAUGUUUACGCGCUCACUGAAAGAAAUCUAUCAUCUGAAUACAAAUGAAUUAAUCUUGGAGACGGGAGUACGUGGCCAGCCUGCGCCGCAGGUAACAUGGUCUAAGGAUAAUUUCGAAAUAAAAAGUGGUGGACGUUUCCAAAUUUUGCAACACCAGGAUGGCACUUGCGAAUUGAUCAUUGAUAGACCCGAUAAAAAGGACUCCGGCAAGUAUGUGGUGCGCGCGGAGAAUAGCGCUGGAAAGAGUGAAAUUUUGCACACGGUGCUUUUUGAGGGUAGUGCUUCUCAUAUCGCUGAGAAUAUCCAUGGUGUAUUCCAUGCUGAUAAGAGCCUGUUGCGUCCCAAGGCAACAGAGGAAGAGAAGAAGCCAGCACCAACAGCGACAGCAGCCAAAGAAGGUGAUACGACCGAUGGUGAAUCGGAAGAGAAGGACGCAAAAGGCAAAGGCAAGAGUAAGGUUAAGCGAGCAAAGAAAGAGGAGGAAGAAGUUACCUCAUCGGCAACCGAGUAUGCCUCGGAUGCUGGUAGUCUUAAGAAACGUGAAAAGGUUAUCGGCAUACAUUUCGCUACAUCUGUGCGUGAUCGUGUUGUAGCUGAGGGUUCUAAAGUGAAGAUAUCUUGCUUCUUAGAGUCGAAGGAGCCACAAGUUAAAUGGUUCAAGAACGACGAAGCCAUUCAGAAUGGCCCUAAAAUUAGGGGACGCUACAGUGAAGGCUUAUGCCUGCUGGAAAUAUUCAGCGCUACGGCUGAGGACAGUGGUGUGUACAAGUGCUGGGCGCGUGAUGAAACUGGCGAGGCUUCCACCUUUUGCAAAUUGGAAGUGUAUGCCGAUCCCGGCACUGGCGAUGUACCGCCCACAUUCACGCGCAACAUCAAAGAUACCUAUCAUGGCAAGAUCAAUGAGCUACAGCUGGACGUGCAUGUGCGUGGUCUACCCACACCAACUGUGACUUGGGUUAAGGAUGGCGUUAAAAUUGAAUCAAGCGAAAAGUAUCAGCAAAUCGAUCACGACGAUGGUCUAUGCGAGCUAUUCAUAAUCGAUCCAGUACAGGGCGAUAGUGGCAAAUAUGUGUGUCAGGCUGAAAAUCGUGAAGGAAAAACUGAGAUUACUCAUAUUGUGACUGUGGAACCCAGACGUCGACGUCCGGUGUCGCCAUCGAAGGAGGCUAGACCACCAGUGAAGCCAGCAACAGAGGAGGAGCAGAAAGAGGGCGAGGAGGGUGAAGAGAAGAAAAAGAAGAGGAAGGCUAAGGACGAUGAGGAGGGUGGCGGUGGUGGCAGACGUGAAGCGCCACCACCACCAGAUCUAAAGAAAUAUCUAUACCUGAGAAAUUUCCUCUCAAAUCGUACCGUGAAGGCGGGCAGCAACGUUAAAUGGAUGGUCAAUAUCGAUGGACCUGAGCCAACUGCACGUUGGUUCCAUGGCGAUACGCCCAUCGCUUUUGGACCAAAAAGCAAACUGUCCUGUCAGGAUGGUAUUGCAUGGUUGAAUUUGAUAGGCGUAACCGAAGAAGAUGCUGGCCAAUAUACACUGCGCAUCAAAGGUUCGGAGAAUGAGGUGGUUAGCACUUGCGAACUAUUUGUCUACAGAACCGGUGUGGAGGAGUUGGUGGCGCCCGUUUUUACUGUGGGCAUCAAAGAUACUUAUACGAUUAACGAGAAUACACUGGUUCUGGAUUGCCGUGUACGCGGUAAACCACGUCCCGAUGUACAAUGGUUGAAGGGCACCGAACCGCUCACCGAAGGCGAUCGCUAUAACAUUAUCACAUCUGCAGAUGGCCAUACUAAAUUGAUUAUUAACAAUCCAACCGAGAAGGAUUCCGGUCUCUAUGCUUGCGUUGCCCGCAAUGAAGCUGCCGAAAAUAAGAUCACUCACCAAGUCGACUUCGUUGGUCGUGAACGUUUCGCACUCGAGAAGACACACGGCUACUUCCAUCGCGAUCCCAAUAAGCCACACUUUAGUGUACCGCUCAGCAACCAGACGGUUUGUGCCGGCGGUACAGUUGCCAUUUCGGCUGAGUUCAUGAAAUCAUCCACACCACUGGAGGUACAUUGGCUACGAGAUCGUAAAAAUGUCUCUUCCCUGCCGGGCGUACAAACAUUUAUGGAAGGUGGCGUCUAUACACUGGCCAUAUUAAAUGCACAACCCGAAGUCGAGGGUACGUACACAUGUCGUGCCUCGAAUGCCUUCGGUCGCAUUGAAUCACAUGUGAGUGUUGAUGUGGCUGCCGGUGUACCGAAGGAUGAACGUCCACCGUUGUUCCUGUCCAGACCAGAUACCGAAAUGAAGAUUUUAGUUGGUGAUCCAUUCUCGAUUUCGUUCCGUAUUGCUGGCGACCCGAAACCAAAAUUAUCCUUCUUGAAGGGCACUAAGGACAUAACCAAAUCAGAUAGAGUUAGUAAGGAGGUAUCGGAUGACUACACCAGAUUUACAGUGCAAAGUUCACAAAUCGCCGAUUCGGGUACAUACUUUGUCGUUGCGCGCAACAACUUCGGCACCGACAGAGUAUUUGUGACUGUUGCGGUAAUGCCACGCGCACGCUCCGAAACGCCGACCUCGCCACGCUGGGGACAGCGACUCGAAAGUUUCCCUGACGUUUCAUAUUUCAGAGAUCCUCCAGGUCCCAUCUCGACGGAACCCUUGGUAGUCGACUCCGGUCCCACGCACAUCUCACUCUCUUGGGGUAAGCCGCUGCGCGAUAAUUCUGCGCCUGUUAUCGCCUACCGCGUAGAUGCUUGGAUCGUUGGCCAUGAAGGUGGCGCUAUGUGGAAGGAGCUGGGCCUAACACCCAUCAAUUCGUUUGAUGCUUUCAAUUUGAAGCCGAAUGUUGAAUAUCAUUUCCGUGUUACGCCCAAGAAUCGCUACGGCUGGGGUCCAUCGGUGCAAACUAGUAGUCCACUGCAAGUAGGCGGCGCUGAAUGCCUACCAGAAUUCGUUAAGAUUCUACCCGGUCAGUUGAAGGCCUUGCUGGGCACCCAGCUGAUGCUGGAGUGCGCAGUACGUGGUGCGCCACGCCCCCAAAUUGAUUGGUAUAAGGAUGGCAUGCAUAUCAGUCCAUUAGCAGAACGAAUGAGAAUUCGACAAAUCGGCUCGACCUGCACGCUAAUAAUUGCGCCAGUUUCAGAGUUGGAUGCUGGUCGUUACACUUGCGAAGCCACGAACGCCAAGGGCAGGGUAUCGACUUUCGCACGCUUACAAAUUGUCUCCGAUCUGCGUUUGUAUGAAGCCGAUACGAAACUAAAGGAAAUUAUUCAUUCAGAUAAAGUAGCCCCAGCUGGUGACACGCUGCCCAUAUUCACAAUGCGUUUGCGUGAUCGACGCGUGCAAAUGACGUAUCCAGUGCGUCUGACGUGCCAAGUUGUGGGCUAUCCCACGCCUGAAGUAUUUUGGUAUAAGGAUGAUCAGCAAAUCGUUGAGAGUCGGCGCUGUCUCAUUACAGACGAUGGGCAAUUCCAUACAAUCGAAUUGGCGAGUACUAUUUUGGAUGAUAGUGGAGUUUAUACUUGCACAGCUAAAAAUGAACUGGGUUCGGUGUCGUGCCAUUGCACAUUGGUCGUGGAUAAGGGCAUACGCGCCUACAUAUCGCCGGAAUUCUAUAUGCCGCUCGAUCCUUUGUAUAUUUACCAAGAAGGACAGGAGAUACGACUCACUGCUAAGGUGGAAGCAUAUCCUACGGUCGGUGUUUCGUGGCACCGCAAUGGCGUACGUUUGCGUCCCAGUAGACGCAUUUGCGGCACGCUAGACGCCAACGGCUUCGUAGAGUUGGUUAUUGCCGAUGCUACGUUACACGAUGCGGGCAUUUACGUGUGUGUCGCUUCAAAUGCAGUUGGUAAAGUGGAGAGCAGUUGUCGUGUGGUAAUCGAAGAACCCGACGAGGAUCAGCAGCAGAAGGGACAGCGGGCUGGCAGCCACAUACCGGCGAUUGUGAAAUGUGACCUACCAUAUUCCAAAGAGCCCAUGUUUGUCGUUAAGCCACGCUCUAGCGAGGCCUAUGAAGGCGAUACGGUCAUCAUAUUCUGCGAAGUUGUUGGCGAUCCAAAGCCGGAAGUAGUGUGGCUGCGUGAUUUCCUCAAU